AUGCGCGAAGGCCGCCGCCAGCUCGACACUUUUCUGCAGAAGCAGCACGAAGGGGCCAGGAGCUUUGAGCAAGUUGUUGAACGCGAUUCCAAGCUUUGGGAAGAGCAUUUGCGAACGGCCCAGUGUAACGACGAUGUGGUGGUGCGUACACGCCACGUGCUUUCGCUUUUGCCUGGCCUGGACAAUGUUUACGAUAUUAAAGUGGGGCUACCUGGUAGACCCGACGAUGCAGUGUAUCUCAAGUCUUCUUACGCUAGACAGUGGCUGCCGCGUGGAAACUGUAUUGCAGAGUGGAAAAGACAGAACAUGACGUACUUCUUUCCGCUAGUGCGUGGGUACCGAAAGUUUACUGGCCAAGAGGACGACGGAGAACUCAAGAAACGCACAGAGGAUGCACAAGCUGAAAUGUUAAAAUUCUUUACUAAGCCGCGCGCACAGACAGAGUGGGUAAUAUCCACCGUCAAAGAGAACGGUGAAGCCGGUCACUUGGCUGUACUGAAGCGGAGCAACGGGGAGUUUAUCUACGUGCUCGGGUCGAAAAAUACUCAUUUGCUAGCUCAGAAAACGGAGGAUAUUGACCGGGCAAGAAUGCAGGGGCGAAGUAAUAACAAGAACGAUCCCUUCCUCGCCGCAGCACCCAUUGCCACUGCUAUUUUGCGCAAGCUAUUUGCACUCAAGCCGGCUGAUCGUUCGUUGCUGUGUGAGUUCUUAUGGCAAACACGUGCCACCGCAUCUUUCGAGGUGCUUUGCCCAAGCCACCAGCACGUCCAGCUACCAAAAAAUCUUCGUGAAGACACUUCUGUUUUCUAUGGGUUAUCACUGAUGACCUUGAAUCAUGCGGAGGGUGCUGAGAUUUGUGUAAAUCCCGUGCUUUUGUACGAAUUCUUUGGCGCGCUUGGGAUUCAAACUGUGUCCUAUACUGUUGAAAGGUUCGAUGCUGGUGCCUUUGAUAUCAUGCUUGAGCGCAGUAAGCGCGCCUACAAUAUUGAAGGUUGCGUCUCUUUGUUCCUUGACAACAAAGCUGCUGUGAUUGGCAUGGAGAAGCAUAAGAGCAUCUGGUAUGUGUGCUUGCGAGCAAUUCGUGAAAAGGCCAAAGCCUUUUGUCGUGCGGUAAAGCUAGCUGUCACUUCAUCAUGUCAGGAGGAAAAGCUCGAAGCAGCCAAGAAGUCAACACAGAAGCGCCUCCAAGCCAUUUCAAAAUAUAUGCGAAUCUCAGACGACAUUUCCAAUCGGUACGAGAAUCUUGGCACGCUGUUCCUUGAGUAUUUGCUCAAAAAAGAGAUCGUUUGCGAUCCAACGGUUCAUGAAGACCAAUCGAUCGAAGCAAGACGCAAGCAGGUCGCUAGAGAAGUUGCCGACCUUUUCCCGAUAGUAUGGAAUAGGUUCCUCGACCAUACUGGUCUGAACGAUGAUAUCGGUCUGCAAGGAAAGAAUGGAUAA